AUGAUGCUGCCCUCGGAGCAGGGGGCCCUGACAGGCGUCAUCCUCACCACGUCGCUCGCCACCUUCAUCACCGGCUUCCUCUUUGGCGUCUACACCUCGCGCGGCUACCUCAUCUCCCCGGCCCUCUCCGACGAGCGCCUGCACAACCUGCGCGACCCUGUCGAGAGCGACGAGAGCGACAUUGACGAGGACGAGUCGCUGCUCGACCACGCCCCUAACUGGGCCAACGGCGAGCAGGCGGACCGCAAGCAGGGCUUGCGCGUCGAGAGCAAAAAGGACAAGCCCCCGCCGCCGCCGACUCUCGGGGGCAACGAGGAGUGCAAGCUCGUCCUGGUGGUGAGGACAGACUUGGGCAUGACCAAGGGCAAAAUCGCCGCCCAGUGCUCCCACGCCACCCUUGCCUGCUUCAAGACGCUCGCCCGCGCCGCCCCCGACUCGCCCCUGGGCAAGAUCCUCGCCCGUUGGGAACAGCGCGGCCAGGCCAAGAUUGCCCUGCAGGUCAAGAGCCAGGACGAGAUGCUCGACCUACGGCGCAAGGCCCGCGCCGCCGGCCUCGUCGCAGAGGUCAUCCAGGAUGCCGGCCGCACGCAGAUUGAUGCGGGCAGCAUGACGGUCCUCGGCGUCGGCCCGGCGCCAAAGAGCGCCGUCGACAAGGUCACGGGGCACCUGAAGCUGCUGUAG